CAACACCUGGAUGCUUUUACGAUUUUGUUACAACCACAACUUACCAAUGGUUGCGCUGUGAAGGAGUAAGGCAAAAGUAUACAUUGAAUAUGUCUGCCCAGGGAGCUGUGCCGACGACGGGCCAGGCGCAGUCCGGCGCCAGUCCAGCUGCAGCGGGUCCAGCUCAGUUCAUCGGUGCACUUAUCUCCCUCAUCUCCAAAUCAGACAUCAGGUAUCAAGGCAUCCUGGCGCAGAUUGAUCCUGCAGCCGCCACCAUUUCGCUCGAGCAAGUCAAGAGCUUUGGAACAGAAGGAAGGCUUGCAUCACAGGGUCGCCACUCAGAGGAGAUCCCACCUGCUUAUGACAAUGUCUACGAAUAUGUCGUUUUCAGAGCGGGUGACGUCAAAGAUCUCAAGAUCGACGACCCGAAUCCGCAAAGGAGCCAGCCUCCUCCGCCACCGCAACAAAUGCAAGAUCCUGCGAUUCUUGGAGCUCGAGGACCCUCCGGACCGCCACAAGGCCCGCCUGGGCCAGGAGGGCCUGGCGGUAUGUAUGGUAUGCCCCCUCCUCCACCUUUUGGUCCCCCUGGUGGCUAUGGCUCUCCAUGGGGUGCGCCUGGCCCCGGCAGUCCGUUUGGGCCACUUCCUCCUCCUCCCCAUCACAUGCAACCUCCACCGCCUCACCAUCGGCAGCAGCCCCAACAGCAACAGCAACAACAUCAAGAAGUCAGGCCUUCGCAAGAGCAGGCCAAGGCGUCGCCCGCUCCCCCUGUAGCACCAGUUGUACCUGCUACCCCCGCAAUCGCAACCGGACCCCAGGCUCAGGCCAAGCCCCCUACAGCUGAUGUCCCAGUAGAGGCUUCUCCGGCCGUGAGAGCUAGCCCGCCGGAGCAAGCGCCAGCUCCUCCUUUGGCAGCUAAGGCAGCACAAAAGAAUAUCAGCAUCGAGGACGAGAGCGCAAGGGCUGAUGGCGCAGCCGCUGCCGAUGCGCUGGUGUCCGAGCUGGCUGGCCUAGCCGUUACGCCUCAGCGGGAUCAGACGAGCGCUACUGUCAUGACUAAUGCGACGGGCCGCAAAGCCGCCACCGGCGUCGGCGCGCAACACAACUUGCCACCUCGUCCUGCCGUGCCGCAUCACGCGGACAACUCUGGAGAACAUCAGCCGAGGAGAAGGAGGGAAGGGGGCGGAAACCGAGGACAAAGAGGCCCUCGACAUGAUGGUAUCGCCCUGCCCGCUGAUGCGAGUGGAGCUGACUUUGACUUUGAGAGUGCAAAUGCCAAAUUUGCCAAGGAAAAGGAUGCCCUCGCGCACGGAGGCGAUGCAGAAGCAAACGCACCAAACGGAUCAGGCACACUCGAUGCCAUCCCGGCCCCCGUUGCGGAGCCGAAAAGCUUCUACGACAAGAGCGGCUUCUUUGACGAUAUCAGCAGCGAGAUCAAAGAGCGGCACGAGACGUUCAACGGCAACAACAACCCAAGGCAGAACCGCUUUGCCGAGCAGCAGAAGAACAUGGCGACGUUUGGCGAAUCUGGCACAAGCCAUGGGCAUGGGGGUCGCGGAGGACGCGGCAGAGGGCGAGGCGGAAGGGGUGGAGGCAGGGGCGGCCGUGGAGGCAGAGGCACGGCCAGAGGCCGCGGCGGCGCUACACACCACGGAGACGCGGUUGAUCCCACGUUGGGAUUUUGAGGAUUGGCCCGACCUUUUGGGGUAUCAUCCGCCCUGGAAUGGUGGUGCUAACCCCUUGCGGGAAGCGCACUGUAGCAUUUUGCAAACCACCUUGUGUUCAGCCGCCGGGGUGGCUGCAGCUGCUACGCAGUUGCCCAAGCAUGCAUCAAGAUAUGUACACAUUUAAAACACUGGCUGGAAAAUGUUACCAUUGAAU